CAGGGGGGCGGUGCCGAGCUCAGCUCAGUGGCUGCAGAAGCGAAGAAGGAGGCGGAGCAGGCUGGGGUCCCGGGGAAAGGAGGCCUUGACCGCCUGAGGAGAGAAUCUGGAGCCAGUGGUGUUCCCCUGGCAGGGCCCAGCUCUGCCGCUUCCACUCUGCCCUGCUGCAGAGCAGGCUGCACCCCUGGCUGUCCCCUGCUGGGCCGUCCCCUGCUGCCUUCUCCAGGAGAAACCUCAGGGUCCUGCCUGCAAGGUGGUCUUUCAGACCCCAGCCCCUAUGGAGGAAGGUGCUGUCUGCUGCGGUGCUGGGGGUACCCCUGCUCCUUGGGGCCCGCUAUUUCACAGCCGAGCCUCAGGAGAAGAGAAGGAUGAGGCUGGUAGUGGACGGCGUGGGGCGUUUCAGCAGGUCUCUGAGGAUAGGCCUCCAGAUCUCCCUGGACUACUGGUGGUGUGCAAACAUCGUCCUGCGAGGGGUCGAAGAGAACAGCCCUGGGUACUUGGAGGUGAUGUCUGCGUGUCACCAGCGGGCAGCUGAUGCCCUGGUCGCCGGGGCCAUCAGCAAUGGGGGCCUCUACGUGAAGCUGGGCCAGGGGCUGUGCUCCUUCAACCACCUGCUGCCCCCGGAGUAUAUCAGGACCCUGCGUGUGCUGGAGGACAGGGCCCUCACGCGCGGUUUCCAGGAGGUGGACGAGCUGUUCCUCGAGGACUUCCAGGCCCUGCCCCACAAGCUCUUUCGGGAGUUCGACUACCAGCCCGUCGCCGCCGCGAGCCUGGCCCAGGUGCACCGAGCCAAACUGCACGACGGCACAGAGGUGGCCGUGAAGGUGCAGUACAUCGACCUGCGGGACCGCUUUGACGCGGACAUCCACACUCUGGAGCUCCUGCUCCGGCUCAUCGAGCUCAUGCACCCCAGCUUCGGCUUCAGCUGGGUGCUCCAGGUAACUGCUGCCCAGGGACGGGCUGAAGCGAACAGGGUCCACAAGUUACAUGCUGGGGUGCGCUGGUCCCCGACCUGGACCCCCAGCUGCCCAUGUGGCCCCCAGGACCUGAAGGGCACCCUGGCCCAGGAGCUGGACUUCGAGAACGAGGGCCGAAAUGCCGAGCGCUGCGCACGGGAGCUGCAGCACUUCCGCUAUAUCGUGGUCCCCCGCGUGCACUGGGACACGUCCAGCAAGCGUGUGCUGACCGCCGAAUUCUGUGAAGGCUGCAAGGUCAACGACAUGCAGGCCAUCAAGCGCAUGGGGCUGGCGGUGAAGGAUAUCGCAGAGAAGCUCAUCCAGGCUUUUGCGGAGCAGAUAUUUUAUACAGGCUUCAUCCACUCCGACCCCCACCCCGGCAAUGGUAGGGAAAGUCCCAGGGGUGGGGGUCGGGGGUCGGGGGACACGGGCCAACAUGCUGUGUCCCUAGUUCUGGUGCGGAAAGGCCCCGAUGGGAAGGCACAGCUGGUGCUGCUGGACCACGGGCUCUACCAGUUUCUGGAUGAGAAGGACCGGUCAGCCCUGUGCCAGCUGUGGCGGGCCAUCAUUCUGAGGGACGAUGCCGCCAUGAAGACACACGCAGAGGCACUCGGGGUGCGAGGUGAGGCCGGGGGUGCAGGUGCGGGGGCCUAUGGGGCACGCGGCCCGGGCUCACUGCCUCCCCGCCCCCCAGACUACUUCCUCUUCUCCGAGGUGCUCAUGCAGCGGCCCGUACGCCUGGGGCAGCUGUGGCGCUCGCACCUGCUGAGCCGCGAGGAGGCGGCCUACAUGCAGACCAUGGCGCGGGAGCACUUCGAGGACAUCAUGGCCGUGCUCAGGGCCCUGCCGCGGCCCAUGCUGCUCGUGCUGCGAAACAUCAACACCGUGCGCGCCAUCAACACCGCCCUGGGCGCCCCCGUCGACCGCUACUUUCUCAUGGCCAAGAGUGCGGUCAGGGGCUGGAGCCGCCGGGCAGGCGCAGCGUACCACAACAUCUACGGGGCCAGCCUCCUGCGCCACAUCAAGGUCAUCUGGGAGACGUUCAAGUUUGAAGUGGCCCUGAGGCUGGAGACCCUGUCGAUGAGGCUCACCGCCCUCCUGGUUCGGCUCUUGGCCCACCUGGGCCUCCUGCCCGAGACCCAGGGGCUCUCGGAGUACCUGGAGACCUAGGGAGUCCCGGGGGCCAGAGGACCUCAGAGCGCCUCCACCGUCAGACAGACAAUGCGGGCCAGGCUGGCGGUGCACACGCCCAAAAACUGGGGUGCAGAAGCAGCCGUGGCCUGAAGUUGGGGGGGGGGUACGCCACGGGGCUCGGACUACGGCCCGGCCAGGAGGCCUGGCAAUGACCACAAGCUCUUGUCAAAUCCAA